AUGAAAAAGCGGAUGUUAAGAGUACUAUUCGUUGGUGUGAAUGAUAAAGAACCGAGGCCAUCAUCGGCAGAAGCUGAAGGAAAACCUGCGGAAAAAGAAGCUGCAGCGAAAGUUCCACCAAAGGCUGAAGCGGCUCCAGCAAAGGCUGAAGCGGCGCCACCAAAGGCUGAAGCGGCUCCAGCAAAGGCUGAAGCGGCGCCACCGAAGGCUGAAGCGGUUCCAGCAAAGCCUAAAGCGGCUCCACCUAANGAAAUACAACUAUACAGUGCUUCACGCUCUAUUUUGUAUCUUCCCAGCGAAAUGAAAAAGCGGAUGUUAAGAGUACUAUUCGUUGGUGUGAAUGAUAAAGAGCCGAAGCCAUCAUCAGCAGAAGCUGAAGGGAAACCUGCGGAAAAAGAAGCUGCAGCGAAAGUUCCACCAAAGGCUGAAGCGGCUCCAGCAAAGGCUGAAGCGGCGCCACCGAAGGCUGAAGCGGUUCCAGCAAAGCCUAAAGCGGCUCCACCUAAGGCUGAAGCGGCUCCGAAGAAAGAGGAACCAAAAGUUCCUGAAAAGCCGAAGGAAGCUGUACCGGAGAAAAAACCGGAGCAAUGGGUAGAUGUGCAAGAGCGUGAUAAACAAUGGCUUGACAAACUUUUGAAGAGGGAAGAUCGUUGGAUGCAAACCGCUGUAGAAGAACCGAAGGAUAAAGCACUAAAAGCAGGUGAGCCUCCAAAAGCAGGUGAGCCGAUGGGAGAAGAAAUGGAAGCGAAGAUUCUCAUAAAACAAGAGAAACGAACGUACCUUGACGGUUACUAUGAUGGUUACAAGUUGGGCAUAACUCAAAGUAGAAUGAAACCACAAGAGGUCGAUGCCGAUGCGCUCAAACCAGCACUUGAAAAACUACCUACAAAGGAAAACGAUGCGAAAACUCGCGCCUAUAGGAUCGGAUUCAUUGAGGGCUAUAAUAGAGCCCGUUUGUUGAAAGAUGGAUUCGCAGCGAAAUCUCCUGUAUUAGAACAGUUGACAGCAAAAGCCAUAAGUGACAGAAGGCCACCUAUCGCCGUAUCCGAUGGAACAAAUGUGUACGCAAAAACACCUGGUGGUAGUGAACCAAUCCUUAUGGAUCCUCUACAGAGACGAGACAUUAUACAUAUUGCAAGAACCGGAAGGAAGUCGUUCAUAAUUGUAAUGUAUCGUGAUCCAAAAGUACCUGAGAACCUGAUAUCGAGAAGUGGGGACGAAGAAGAAGACUCGCCUCCCAGCGCCCAAGUGGAAGUCGGCGGAAAUCCUCAAGCACCAAAAGCGCAGUAA